UUCAUUUAAAAAAAAAAUAAUUGUUUACUUUUUGAAUUUUUAAAAACCUCUAUCAAAAUUAAAUAAAAGAUGCCAUUAAAAUGGUGCCGAACAGCGGAAAGUUUAAGUGUCUCAAUGGCGAAAUUGUGGUUUUAAAUGUAGAGAAAGGCCAGGGGUGUCUUCGAGUGUCCAUCAAGAGGGAUUAUGAGGUCCUUAGUUAUAAAAAAUGCCUUUUGUUUGCCUCUCAGACAUGUGCGGUGAUUUUAAGCCAAAUAUAUGUCUCACUUUAUGUGGGAAUUGCCCUUUUUUUCAUACUUUUAGUUACUGUUGUACCUACCUUAUUUAGUAUUAAGGAAGAAAACAUUAUAAUUGUAAAGGGACUAGGAUACCAAAUCAAUAGAAAGUAUGCAUUAACAACCAACAUUAAAUUUAUCCCAAGUGAAAAUGUACAAAAUAUAUUCAUAAAUGAAGUCAUAUUAAGAUAUAAAGUGAUCCACUUAUUAAGUCUGAUAGUCUUAGAAAACAACAAGAAAACACUAAUACCCCUUUUAAGUGAUAUGCUGCCCAGGUUAGACUGUUUAGAAACCAUUUAUAAGGCCAUAAAACAGUUUGAAAAUAGUUAGUCAACAAAUAAUGAAUGCCACCAGUUGUGUUUAUAUUAAUUAUAAUAUUGUUCAAUAAAAUAAAUACAUAUGUUUCAAGUUCAAA